AUGCACCCGUUUUCUACUGUUUCAGAUAUCGCCUACGACUCAAUGAUUUUAGCAACAAACUACACAAACUAUGCGGUGUUAUAUAGUUGCAAAAAUAAUAAGAAUGCUACAAAGAAUAUUUGGGCGUGGGUAUUAAGCCGGAACACAACUUUGAACAAGAAUGAGGAAGACAUGAUUAAAUCCGUUAUCUACGGCAACGAAGACCUGAAAAACGUUACAUGGAUCGAUUCAGACCAUUCAAAGAAAGCUUGCGAAGCAAACUCAAGCACAUCCUUCCGACUUUCAAACAUUUUAGUUACCCUUACUUUAUUAUUUGUAAGAAAAGAUAUUUUAUAA